AUGGAGUUUUCGAGUGAAUGCCAGUCGAAAGGCGCAUCUAUGACUUCAUACCGAAUUUUCAAUAGAAGGGCCGGGCGAGAAAUGCUUUUGAUUGAACGAAGCCAAGGGGCGAAGGGGAAAUGCUUUAGGGAACAACCAAGUACCAUCCGACAUAAAGACAAGGAACGGAAACUACCUUUAAAGUGGUGGAUUGGAAGAGGAAAGCCUCUCAAUCCCUACCUGAGGGGAAGAAUAGUUGAGUGCUUAUUCGCGGAACUUGAACCAGAACAACUUUCUAUGUUCCCGGAUGCCAUGGUCACAGAUGCGCAACGUGAGCACCUGGAGAGUGUUGUAUCAGUGGAUGCUGCUGUGGCUCCGUGUUAUGACCUUGGUGCAAAUUGGACCUACCAACAGUGCCCUGUGUGGGUUCUGGAUACUGGUAGCUUACAGUCUGGAUGGAUUCGCGGAGGGGCUGCUGGAACCGAUUUUGUGAUGGAAUAA